GAAGCCUUUGUUUUUAAUUUUCAUCGAAAUAUGUUGCUUCAAACACAGAAAAUUAAAGAAGCAUGCUCGCAAAUGCUUGAAUCUAAAGCUGCUAACAUUGGAUCUUCACAAUUCAAUAGCCCUGAAUUACUUAAAACACGCGAAAUGGUUGCUAAGAAUAUCAUAGAGCAUUACCAAAGAAAGAUAUUCAAAUUUGAUGAUUCACCAAAUCCAUCAGAAUACUUACUCUUCAACGGUAGUUGUACUAUUGCAAAGUUGGUCGCACGGUUCUUUGAUUUUAUGAUGAUACUCUAUGCAUUUUCAGUUGAGUCUAAUGCACAAAACAAGGAAUGCAGAAUUAAUGGCCUAAAGACCCUUGAUGUCUAUGUAAUGGACAAUAGCAUCUUUGGUGCACUAAAGCGGCGUGAAAGAUAUAUUAAAAGCUUGAAAUCACUCAAGAUACUUGAAUUGACGGAUAAAAUUUCCUUAGAGUUAGCAAAUCCCGAAAGUAUCGUGGCAAUUACUAUUCAAAGUAGCAGCCAUGUAGAUCUCAGAAGUCAUAAUUGGAAUUGGAUACUUAGGCAUAGAAAUUUGGAAAUACUUUCAUUGGCACCCAAAAGCCUAUUAUUGUUAACUGAAGGAUUUAAGAAAAUAAAAGAGCUU